GUUUUCUAGCUACCUACCUCCCCCUCUCCUUCGUGAACCCCCCCAGAUUCGCUAGGCCACCUCAGACCGUGGUGUCUAUAAAACUUGUAUAUUUCCAUCAUAGCGCUGUACAGUACGGUUAUUUGAAGAUCAAUCAUGUUACGAAGGUUCUCAAGUACGUUUCGCAAGGACAAAAAGAAGGAGAAUGGCCAGGUCAAUGGCGAGACAAACGGUGUUGCUUCCUCAGAGAAAACCUCGCGCCGCCAGAGUCAAUACCUGAAAUCCGAGCAACCUGAUCAUUCCGCGAAGCGGGAGGAGGUCAGCGGGACCUUUGAGCAGUAUGCGCAAGUUCUCCACGCAGCGCAGAGGCCCUUGCCUAGCCAGACAGGAGAUGGUUCAUAUCUCCACAAGGAUGAGCCAAGUGGACUUUUGGCCGACAUCAAAAACUUGGGAUUUAAGGACCUCAAGACCGUCAAGGAGCUUGUGGAAUCUAAAGCGAAGGGCGAGCUUGUGGAUGAUAAAACAUACAUCAUGGAGCGCGUCAUUCAGCUAGUUGCCGGCCUCCCCACUUUGUCCAAGAAUCGAGUGGAAUUGACAAACGCAUUCGUUGAUGAGCUAUGGAAUUCCUUGCAACAUCCGCCACUAUCAUACUUGGGCGAUAAGUUCACCUAUCGUCAAGCCGAUGGAUCUAACAAUAAUAUAAUGUAUCCUCAUCUCGGUGCCGCAAAUACGCCCUACGCUCGUAGUGUCCUACCAAAAACAAUAUCCCCGGGAGCUCUCCCAGAUCCUGGUCUGAUCUUCGAUGCCGUUUUUGCCCGCCACGACUUCACCGAACACCCGAACAAGGUUUCAAGUGUCUUGUUUUACUGGGCCUCGCUGAUCAUUCACGAUCUCUUCCAGACCGAUCACAGUGACAUGAAUAACUCCCAAACAUCCUCUUAUUUGGAUCUGUCUCCUCUCUAUGGUGAUACGCAAGAAGACCAGGACCAAAUCCGGACAUUCAAAGAUGGUAAGCUGAAGGCUGACUGCUUCUCUGAGCAGCGUAUGCUUGGCUUCCCACCAGGCUGCGGAGUGCUUCUUAUAAUGUUUAAUCGGUUCCACAACUACGUCGUCGACCAGCUCGCAGCAAUCAAUGAGAACGGACGUUUCAGCAAACCAAGGGACGGACUUCCAAAAGAAAUGGCCGACAAAGCUUGGGCAAAGCGUGACAAUGACUUGUUUCAGACUGGUCGCUUGGUGACGUGUGGCUUGUAUAUCAACAUCACUCUUCUGGACUAUCUUCGUACCAUCGUCAAUCUGAACAGGAGCAACACUACAUGGACCCUCGACCCACGUGUUGAUAUGGAAAAGUCCUUUGGAAAGGAUGGUACACCACGAGGAGUUGGUAACCAGGUCUCUGCCGAGUUCAACUUGGUGUACCGCUGGCAUUCCGCAACCAGUAAGAAGGAUGAAGAAUGGACUGAAAACAUGUAUCGCGAGAUGUUUGGCAAGCCUGCAGAAGAGGUUCCGAUGCAUGAAUUGAUGAUUGGCCUCGGGAAAUGGAAUGCUAGUCUGGAUAAAGACCCACAAAAGCGCCCAUUCGCCAAGCUAGAGAGAGAUGCUGAUGGCAAAUAUAGCGACGACGAGUUGGUUGCAAUCAUUUCCGAUAGCAUUGAGGAUUGUGCGGGGGCCUUUGGCGCCAACAACGUGCCAAAAGCUCUACGAGCAGUUGAGAUCUUGGGAAUGAUGCAAGCUCGCAAAUGGGGACUUGCAACUCUGAACGAAUUCAGGACCUUCUUUGGUCUAGCGCCGCAUAAAACUUUUGAGAGCAUAAACUCAGAUCCCAAGGUUGCGGAGCAACUACGCCACCUCUACGAUCAUCCAGACUAUGUUGAGAUGUAUCCUGGUAUUGUUGCAGAGGAAGCAAAGGUACCGAUGGUUCCUGGUGUUGGCAUUGCACCCACCUUCACCAUUUCCAGAGCCAUUCUCUCAGAUGCUGUAGUUUUGGUUCGCGGUGAUCGAUUCUAUACGAUUGACUACCACGCGAAGAAUUUGACCAACUGGGGUUUCAAUGAAGUCCAGUACGACCUGAACGUCGAACAAGGAUGCGUAUUCUACAAAUUGUUCCUUCGCUCAUUCCCAGCCCAUUUCAAGCCGGACAGCAUCUACGCUCAUUUCCCCAUGACGGUUCCCUCAGAGAAUCGCAAGAUCAUGAAGACCCUUGGCCGAGAGAGCCACUACUCUUAUGAUCGUCCUCGAUUCAUUCCACCGCGUGUCAAUCUCACAACGUACAUUGGCGCGAAGAGUGUCCUUGACAAUCAGAAAGUGUUUAAAGUCACGUGGGGUAAGACCACCGAAGAACUGAUGGGCAAAGGUGGAGCUCACUUCAUGCUUUCUGGAGACACUCCGCUCCACGCAAAACAACGACAAACCAUGGCGAAAUCACUAUACCGGGAGAACUGGCACCGUGAUAUCAAAAACUUCUAUGAGCAUAUCACACUGAAGCUUCUGCAUGAGAAAUCGUUCAAGAUUGCUGGUGUCAACCAUGUUGACAUUACAAGAGACGUCGGCAACCUCGCCCACGUCCACUUCGCAGCAAAUGUCUUCUCACUACCACUGAAGACGAAAGAGCACCCUCGUGGUGUGUUCACUGAACACGAGAUGUACAUGGCCGUCGCCGUAAUCUUCAUUUGCAUUUUCUUCGACAUGGACCCGGCGAAGAGCUUCCCUCUCCACAUGGGUGCUCGAGCCGUCGCCAAAGCGCUCGGCAAGCUCGUCGAGGCCAACGUCAAAGCCGUCAGCUUGACCGGCUGGAUCGCUGGAAUCGUUGAUGGCAUCGCUCAAAACGAGUCGUAUCUAACCGACUACGGCGUCCACAUGGUCCGGCGUCUUCUCGAGUCCGGAAUGGGUGCAGAAGAGGUUGCGUGGUCGCAGAUCUUGCCGGUAGCAUGCGCUAUGGUACCUAACCAGGCUCAGGUGUUCACCCAAGCACUCGACUUCUACCUCUCCCCCCGCGGUUCCAAGUACCUCCCCGAAAUUAACCGCCUCGCCAGGCUCGAUACCCCCGAAGCCGACGAUGCCAUCCUGCACUACUGCAUGGAAGGCAUCCGGCUCAACGGCACCUUCGGCUCCUAUCGCGAAGCUGCCUCGGCCUGCACCGUCGACGACGGCGGCCGUGAGGUCACCGUCAAGGCCGGCGACAAGGUUUUCGUGUCGUUCGUGGGCGCUGCUAAGGACCCUGUUAUGUUUCCGGACCCGGAGGAGGUUAAGGUCGACCGUCCGAUGGAGAAUUAUAUCCAUUAUGGCGUUGGUCCGCAUGAGUGUUUGGGGAAGGAUGCGAGUCGAGUUGCGUUGACGGCGAUGCUGAAGACGGUAGGAAAGCUCGAUGGGUUGAGGAGAGCCCCCGGGCCAAAGGGGGAGUUGAAGAAGAUUCCGAGACCUGGCGGAUUUUACGUCUAUAUGAAAGAAGACCAUGGCUCUUACUUCCCCUUCCCGCUCACUAUGCAAGUCAAUUGGGACGGCGAACUGCCCCCGAUUCCGCCCAUGCCCAAGGGCGGGAAGUAGGCCAAGAAAGCUGUAGGAGAGCUCGGAAAGAUAUACCCAGCAGUUCAUCGCUCGUUAUGCAAACCAUCGCUUUUGUUAGUUAUCGAUCGAUCUUGGUAUGAACGGGACCGUUGUCUAUGUAACGUCUAGGUUGAAAAACAUACUUUUGGGUUAUGCUGCGGCUAUUUUAUCGUC